AUGAAGAGAAACAAUAAAGAUGACAUUCUCCCAUCUCAAAUUGUCGCAAGUUUCUCGAAAGAGAGUGACGGUUACCUGAAAUAUCGAACUAACUUCAAACCAGCUUACAAACAUUUUCUGACUUGUGUCGGAUUGGAAAGCUCGGAUUUCAAACAGGACCGUUCGCCUAGUGAAUUUCGAUGCAACAGACUUUUCCAAUCGCUCAGUGCUCUAUAUUCACUGAAUUAUCAAGAAGACUCUAAGAAAUUUCUCGAUGAAAUUCGUCCCCUUUUUGAAUCUGCUAUCGCUACGGAGUAUGAAUUCCAUAAGAAUAUGAAGGCAAAAUUGCAAGUCAUCAAUUCCUUUUUUGCCAACGAAUUUGAAGUGAAAAAGAAGGAAUUUGACGAUUUGGGACCAGUAUUAGAGAAACUGCAAGCAAACCGUCCAGCUGAACCAGAGCAGAUACAACAACUGGAUAAGGUGAUGGCAAGAUUCACUGAUUUGCAAAGAAAGCUCAAAGACAUGAUUCGUGAAGGACUUGCUGCAAUUCAAGCUCAACAUUUGAAAGUGAUCCGAGAAUGUACAGAGUUGUAUCAGAGACAAAAUGAGCAAUGGAGUAGAACGUUUGCUCCUUUCGCUAAGUUCAAGCCGGAUGUCACUAUUAAACCGAGAAAAGAUAAAGAAAAGGAACAUGAUAAAGCUUCGAAAUUGAGUGUAGAUGAUAAAGAUGGUAAAUGA